AUGUGGCGUCGGGGUCUUCUAAGACGGGAUGUCGAGUUAUCCACGAUCCCCAGUCAACACCAGAGCGAAGAUCGUCUCAUCAAUAGUCCAUCAGAAGAGUUUCACUCCUUUCGCAAGGAUGCGCCCGUGCAACAGCAUCAACAAUCCUUAGAUGGAGAACGGUUCCAAGGCUGGAGGUUCACCGUCUUUCUGGCUUUCAUAGCAAGCCUUGUCGUCCUCUUGUUGAACCUGGGCUUUCUGCUAUAUACCGUUCCCCACCACCGACUGAAGGAUCAGAAGGGCGUGUUGUAUCAGGGUGACUGUGUCAAAGUGCAGCAUAUGAGUACCGGCUUCCAUUUGCUGGUCAACGUUCUUAGCACUGCGCUCUUGGCUGCCAGUAACUUUGGAAUGCAAUGUUUAUGUGCCCCGACGCGGCAGAACAUUGAUCGAGCGCAUCAGCAAGGGAAAUGGCUCGACAUCGGCGUGCCCAGUAUCCGCAACCUGUUCCGGGUGUCGCCAUGGCGCUCGUUUCUAUGGCUGUGUCUGGCAUCUUCCUCACUUCCCUUUCAUUUAGUGUAUGGCCCCAACGAGCUCCCCAACGCCGCGUCUGUUAACUCGGCCCAUAGAUACAACUCAAUAAUCUUCUCCACCACUUCAGCUAUGGAAUACAACAUAUUCCUGGGCAAGGGCUCUCUAGGCCAGAAGCCGCUAUCGAAUCUCCACCUCAUAACACCGGACUCGGAAUUCCGCGCUUCCUUCGAGGGACUACAUGCCUCGGCGCAGAAUGGAACGCUGCAACGCCUAGACAACUCGCAGUGCGUGGAUGCCUUCGCGCAGACCUUCCAAACGACAUAUAGCAACCUCCUCCUGGUGACAGACGACGUGAAAGAAAACGACACAUAUCUGUACUUCACAACCCAGGAGGUCUUCAAUCCAUGGCAGUACUUGGUGCUUCCGCAGCCACAGGCCGAUCCGUACAGAUGGCUCUGUCCGGGCGACCUGUUCGAUGACUGCAGCACGUACCUCCCCACCGUGCGCUCGCAAAUCGCACACAACAACUGGACCGUGACGGAGAGACCGGAUCGCGCGAUCAGUUGGAAAGUCAACUACUGUCUGGCGGAGAAGGGCCGCCAGCUCUGCAAGCUGCAGUAUUCGUUUCCGCUGAUCAUGCUCAUCAUCGGCUUCAAUCUGGUCAAGACAUGCAUCCUGUGCUAUAUGUGGCUUGGGAUCCGCGACGCUCCGCUCCUAACUAUCGGGGAUGCGAUUGCGUCCUUCUUGCACCGGUCGGACCCGACUACACAAGGCGCAUGCUUACUGACGCGCCGACGUGCCCCAGCUCUGCUUCGGAAACGGUCCCUCCAUCAACCAGAGAAGUACACCGGGAAACGGAGACGCUGGGGCGCUGCAGCGUCGGCCCGAAGAUGGAUGUUCAGCAUAAUCUUGUACGCACCCUCUACCCCUCAAACCUACCUCCAACCUAACAGAAAAUAG